UUAUUUGUGGAGUUGCUUGUUUUUCUUCAUCUGUUGGGAAUUGUUUUUGGGCUUCUGGUUCCGGAUGCUGUGGAUAAUACCUGGUGGAAGGUGUUCAGCAGCGGGAUCCAGCCUGGUCGGACCGGACUUGAGCGCGCGCUAGGUACCGCUCGGUGCCUCUAGUCCUUCUCCACUGUCUCCGUGCGUGAUGCGCGUGGAAUGAAGACACAUGAUGGAUAUAAUCUGGGAGAUACUCAUCAUUCUUCACGCCAAUUUUAUUGUGUGUAUAUCAGCUCAACCAAAUCCGCCAAAAAUUCACGAAGGAUGGUGGGCUUACAAGGAGGUUGUUCAGGGGAGCUUUGUUCCAGUGCCGUCAUUCUGGGGCUUGGUAAACUCUGCCUGGAACCUGUGCUCAGUCGGAAAGAGGCAGUCUCCGGUGAACAUUGAGACCAGCCACAUGAUCUUUGACCCCUUCCUCACGCCCAUAAAGCUGAACACAGGCGGACGAAAGGUGGGUGGGACAAUGUAUAACACUGGCCGCCAUGUUUCUCUACGACUGGACAAGGAGCACCUGGUUAACAUCUCUGGGGGACCAAUGACAUACAGUCAUCGUCUGGAGGAGAUCCGGCUACAUUUUGGCAGUGAGGAUGGCCAGGGCUCGGAACACCUGCUGAAUGGACAGGCCUUUUCCGGAGAGGUUCAACUGAUUCACUAUAAUCAUGAGCUGUAUACAAAUUACACCGAAGCUGCUAAGAGCCCCAACGGACUGGUCAUAGUGUCCAUAUUUAUGAAGAUUGCUGAGACGUCAAACUCCCUCCUGAACCGCAUGCUGAACAGAGACACCAUCACAAGAAUAACAUAUAAAAAUGAUGCAUAUCUUCUAACCGGCCUGAACAUUGAGGAGAUUUACCCAGAAACAAAUAGUUUUAUCACAUACGAAGGAUCAAUGACCAUCCCUCCAUGCUUCGAGACAGCCACAUGGAUCUUGAUGAACAAGCCAGUGUACCUUACACGAAUGCAGAUGCACUCGUUGCGGCUGUUGAGCCAGAACCAACCAUCUCAGAUCUUCCUGAGUAUGAGUGAUAAUGUUCGCCCGGUCCAGCCUCUGAAUAAUCGCUGCAUCCGCACCAACAUCAACUUCAACAUGCAGGGCAAAGACUGCCCCAACAACAGGGCUCAGAAGCUUCAGUACCGAGAGUUUUGA